UGUCAAGAGUCAGUGGCACGACCCUUUCGACGAUCCCUCUUAUCACAAGACGUUGUUGUUCACUAGCAGCAACUCCUCGUCACCCCACAAACUCACUUAGAACCCGGCCAAAAACCAACAAACUUUUCGAGAAAAGACGUAACUCAGAAAAUCAAAACCCCCAAAUCUUCAACCAUGUCGCUCUCACGCGCUUUCACGACUAGAAAGGCCAAAAUGACUGGCCAGACCGAGAUGGGAGAGCAACAAGUUCAAGUGCCGCACCGUAGUAACUCGGCCCGCGAUAGACAGCAUCCUAUCCUACGACACCAGAUUUCUGCUCCACUUCAGCUUGUUCACACAACCAACAUGCUCUCCUAUAACGCUCCCGAUAUCCCGCAUGCUGCUCUCCGCAGCAAGUCGUCUCUGCGUUCCGUUGGCGAAGAAUCCGAGGCUCCUUCAACUACUGAAUCAACUCCACCUACGAGCCCGGAUGUAUCUCCUGUCGACGAGUGUCCAGGUCCUAAGCCGAACCAUCUGUCAACCUAUUUCAGUGUCUCGGACAAGGCAGCUGUCCUGCCAAAGAUCUCCGAGGCUCCUGCGAUUCCUAAGCGUUCGCCUUCGCACACUAAGCAGAACUCCUACGAAGCGCUCGCCCGUCAACGAUCCACCUCGCAGAUGUCCAGGGACUCGGAGCACUCAGUAUCAACCAAGGCCAGCUUCACCUUUUCGCGAUCAUCGUCAACUUCUACUAGGGCGUCAUCAGCUUCGUAUGUCUCUGCCAGCCAGGCCCAAAAGGCUCCCCCAAUGCCUGUUCCAGCAGUCCCCGCAGUCGCUCCAGUUCCCCCGCCAUCUUUCCAGCAGCGAGCUCUCAAGGAUUCACACCCAUUUGGUCACGAGCUUGCACAAGUCACCGAGCUCGCCGAAGAGUACAGCACCAAGCCGACGACCAAGGAGGAUGAGGAGGACCACCGAUACAUGAAGUCUAGAGGUCUGAACAAGUUCUCCCCCGAGGAGUAUCUCAGCGACGUUCAGAGCCUCAUCCUCAGCUUCUUCCCUGAGGUGUCACACGCCAAGCCUACGACACCACAGUGGAUUUGAUCCAAAGGCGCACUCUACACCGGCACUCCGGUUUCUUAAUUCGGCAGUACAUAUUUAAUAGACAUCUUACGACCAUGAGAAGGGGGUCCUCGGUUGGACAAUGGCAGACAUGACUAAAAAGGUACAUAGUUACUGGUUGCUCU